GGGGAGUAGUCAGCGCCGGGCGAGAUGGUCACAGGUUGGAUCCCGGGGUUGCACGACGCGGUUACAUUUGUCUUGUGAAAAACGAAGACGUUAAUUGCAACUUCUGAUACUAAAAAAGGUCCUUCUGACAGGACGUGGAGAGGGGCGACGAUGACGGGAAGAGCCUAGAGGGCAGAGCCUUGGUUCUGUACGUGGGCUGCGCGGAGGGGCUGAACCGGGACUGAGCCCCUGAGCCUCCCUGGGGGAGCAUCUACCCCAGCCCCGCACAAACAUCGCCAUGCUGGAAGAACGUCUCCCCUGACGGCUCGUCCCACAGAACCCAAGACCGCAGUGAAGAAACGACGACGUAAGUGUGGCUGGUGGGUCCCAGUCCUCAGCCCUCACUCUCAGUUCAGUCCCGGUUAACCCUGACACGACCAACUUCGCGGGAGCCUCGCUCCUGCUCCCUUCACACAAUCUGCCGCUUCCAAGUGAUGGCUAAGCCGGGGCCGAGCCGAGCAGGCUGAGGGCAGCGCAGCCCCAUCUCCCGGGGCUACAGGAGCCUCCGGGCCGCAGCCAGCCCUCCCUCCCCUCCUCCCUCCCUCCCUCCCCGCGGGCGGCCUGGGGGGCGGGGGCCCUGCGAGCAGCCCCGCCCCCGCCGCGCGCCGCCCCGGAGGAGUCGGCGGGGAGGAGGCGGCUGGCGCGCAGAGCGGGGGGCCGCGCGGAGCGGGAAGGAGCGCGGCGGGCAGCGGCAGGGCCCGGCCGGCCCAAGGGCGCCCUCGCCUCGGGCCCGCGGCGGGAGGCGGAGAAGUUUGGCGGCCGGUGCGGCCCAGCGCCCCGGGGGGUCGCGGGGGCCGGCCGCGGCGGCGAGGGCGGCGCGGAGAGCGGGGCCAUGCGGGCGAGCGCGGAGGCGGCGAGGCGCGCAGCGAGCUCCCGGAGCGGCGCGGCCGCGGUGGCGCAAAGUUAGCCCGGCGCCCCGGGACGAGCGCCGCAGCCUGGGCCAUGGGGGAGCACCCCAGCCCGGGCCCCGCCGUGGCCGCCUGCGCCGAGGCGGAGCGCAUCGAGGAGCUGGAGCCCGAGGCCGACGAGCGGCCGCCCGCCGCGCCGGAAGACUUUGACCCUGGGAGCACCGGCUACAUCAGCACGGGAAAAUUCCGGAGCCUUCUGGAGAGCCACAGCUCUAAGCUGGACCCACACAAGAAGGAGGUGCUCCUGGCUCUCGCAGACAGCCACGCAGAUGGGCAGAUCUGCUACCAGGACUUUGUCAACCUGAUGAGCAACAAGCGUUCCAACAGCUUCCGCCAGGCCAUCCUUCAGGGCAACCGCAGGCUGAGCAGCAAGGCCCUGCUGGAGGAGAAGGGGCUGAGCCUCUCGCAGCGGCUCAUCCGGCACGUGGCCUACGAGACCCUUCCCAGGGAGAUUGACCGCAAGUGGUACUAUGACAGCUACACCUGCUGCCCUCCGCCCUGGUUCAUGAUCACGGUCACGCUGCUGGAGGUGACUCUCUUCCUGUACAACGGGGUCCUCCUGGAUCAGUUUGUGCUGCAGGUGACGCAUCCCCGGUACCUGAAGAACUCGCUGGUUUACCACCCUCAGCUCCGCGCGCAGGCGUGGCGCUACCUGACCUACAUCUUCAUGCAUGCGGGGGUAGAGCAGCUGGGACUCAAUGUGGCGCUGCAGCUGCUGGUCGGGGUACCCCUGGAGAUGGUGCACGGAGCCACCCGGAUCGGGCUUGUCUACGUGGCUGGCGUUGUGGCAGGCUCCUUGGCUGUGUCUGUGGCUGACAUGACCGCACCUGUUGUGGGCUCUUCCGGAGGGGUGUAUGCGCUCGUCUCCGCCCACCUAGCCAACAUUGUCAUGAACUGGUCAGGCAUGAAGUGCCAGUUCAAGCUGCUGCGGAUGGCUGUGGCCCUGAUCUGUAUGAGUAUGGAGUUCGGGAGGGCUGUGUGGCUCCGCUUCCACCCAUCGGCUUAUCCCCCGUGUCCCCACCCAAGCUUCGUGGCACACUUGGGUGGCGUGGCCGUGGGCAUCACCCUUGGCGUGGUUGUUCUAAGAAACUAUGAGCAGAGGCUGCAGGACCAGUCGCUGUGGUGGAUUUUUGUGACCAUGUAUACCAUCUUCGUGCUGUUUGCUGUCUUCUGGAACAUCUUUGCCUACACACUGCUGGACUUGAAGCUGCCACCACCCCCCUAAGGGACUGGAGGACCAAGGCAGGGAGGGGAGGAAGCAGAAGCAUCUAGAGGAAAUACCUGCAUCUGUUUCUCAUCACCAAUCCGGCGAGACAGGGGAGAACUGGAGACUCUUUGAGCUGGGCUGCGUGUGUUUUGAUUUGGAAGGAUGGUGGGGAGAUGGAUGUGGCUGCUGCCAUUUUCCUAGGCUAGUCUGAUGCUCUGGGGCCAGGGGGGAGGCUGGGGGAGGGUGAGAGUGGCUGGCCCUGUGGCUUGGGCCUGUCCCAUGUGCCCUCCGCUUACUGCCACAGAAUGAGCAAAUAGCACUCUUCCUAGUCUUCUACCUGGAGAGACACUGGGACAAACAGAAGGCCUGAGAAAGCCACAGCCAGGCAGCACCCCCCCCAACCCAGAGGUAACUGUAGGCUAGGUCAUGUUCUCUCUGUGGCUCAAGGUGCUGGGCAUUUUGGCCUUGAUCUGGAGGAGCCCAGAGCACCCCAGGCUCAGGUCCUGAAAAUGAGUGCUGUGCUGUGGCCCCUAGAGCUGAGCAGGGAGAUACCAUAAGCUCCAGGCCUUAUUUUUGCCCUGGGGGAUCUGAGAGGGUUCCAUGUCUCUGGCAAUUAACUUCAACCUACCUUCCCAAUGCCCAGAACCAAUUUCCCCUCUUCCUGCCUAGGGUUGUGAAUGCUGGCAUCUCAGACCGUCACUCCUGCAUCUUUCCCUGCCUGGAUUGUGGGGUCUUCUCCCCUCUCUACUGCCAUGACCCUACUUUGUGCCUCUCUUUUGGGUGCGGAGACAGGAUUUCAGGCUGUGUGUGUGUGUAUGUGCAAGUCAGAACCUGCAGAAAGGAAGUUUGGGACAGUGUGCACAUGAGGAUUUCUAUCUGGGAUUUCUGGAAUGGGUAGCAUCAGUGUGCUGCAGUGUGCUUGCUCAGUGGUCUUGCUUUGAGCAUAACUCACUCCCCUUUCCCACCGGGCCUUCCUAAACACCUCCCAAGCAUCACCGACCAGCAGAGAAAUUGUCCAUGCUGGAGGGAAGACCAAAGCCCUACCAGGACCUUUGGGAGGACAUUUUCAGCUGUGUUCCUCUGGUUCCCUCUGGAGUGGCCUUCAUGUCUGUCCUGCUUCCUGGUAAAGAGACAGUCCUCGGGAUGAAAGAAAGCCUAGGACUGUGAUGCUGCAGCCACUCUCUAUACGAGCUGCUGACACAGGGAGCUGUGGUAAAAGAUAUUUUGGUGGAAAACGUAGCCCCAGAGAAGACUGUUUUUAAGGCAGAGGAGAUUCAGCACGAAGAGCCAUUUUUGCCUAGAACAUUCAUGGAGGGAUCUGAAUCAAGACGUAGCUGGGAGCUUGGGUGAGCGUCCAGGGUAAGAGCAGCUGUAGACUUAGAUGGUUAGAUCUAGAGGGAACUUGGAAGUGAUCUUACAGGGAAAGUGAGGUGGAGGGAGGGGUCUUGUGCUGCCCAUAUCCUAGCACUAGGAGCUGCUGGGAGCCUUAAGUGGAGGCCUGGAGGCAGGUGACCUUUGUAUUGCCUUUGGGACUCUCAGCCCCUGAGGGUCCAGGAUGAGGAACCACAGACCUAGGAAGUAAGGGGCAGAGCAUGAAGGAACAAGGGCAGGAGGGCAGGAACUGUUCCUGGGUCCCCUCCUCAUUCCAGCAACUCUGACAGAGGUUAGAGGACUCCUUUCUCCUGAGUCCUUCAUCCCCUCCUCUCCAAUGUGGCCACCAGUCAGGGCUGGGAUUCAGAGGGCUGUGCCCCUCUCGUGUUUAUGGUUAUAGGUAGGCCUUAAAGGCUGGGGAAUCCCCAGAGAGCGGCUAUGUAGACUAGUUUGCUUUUAAAGGGGAGAGGACUCAUGGAAGCCAGGGAAGGGAAGACAGGCCUUCAAAAAAGAAAAAAAAGAAAUUUCACUUUAAUGACACCAUUCAUCACUCAUUUUUUUAAUUAGGAAAAGCUCCCUAACGGGCCUCUUUUGGCUCUCAAUUUCCAUGUGAGCCAUUUUUGCCUAGAGCGUUAGUGGAGGCAUUGCUCACCGAACCAGAUCUUCCUCCAGUGUCCAAUUCAGUUUGCAGAAAAUGAGGAUUACCCAGUGCUAUGUGCUUCCCAGGGCUGGCUGCAAAUUGUUGAAUCUCCUCUGCCUUAAAAACAGUGCCCGUUCGUGAGCGGCCCCUCCAAGGACUAAGUAAAAAAACAAAACACUAGCCACAAUGUUGGUUUCUAAAUAUUUUUGUAUUGUGUACAUUCUGUAUAUUUUUGUUGUAACAUAUUAUUUGAGCACAGAUUCCAUUAAAGAUUUUUUUUUUUAAGCUAUCGGUUAUUCA